CCGACGUAGUCUACAAUGUGUUGCUGGCGAUGCACAAAUUUAUGGUGAACUGGUGCUUGAGAAUAUUCAUUUUGUAAGGACCCUUCGGGGGAGGGGGGUGAGGUCUAGUGAGGUCAGCGAGGCCAAGUUCCAGGCACGGGCGGGUCGACUUCUGCUGCAGUGGAGCAUGAUUGGAGCACUCAUCAUGAAAGAUUUGACCCUCAACAACGCUCGCUGUUUCUGUACGUCCACCUUCCUGCACGUGCUGAAGAUGACCCUGGACGAGUACAUCCUGCUAGUGGUGGAGACACAGACAGACAAACACAAAGACGCCCAGCUUCAAAAGAAUCUGCAGAAACACAUGAAGAACACAGAGGAGAUCAAGAUGAGUGCCAAGGUGAGGACGCAGGCCAACAAGAUCCAGACAUCACCCAAAGUGAGGAAACGGAAGUUACCAGCGCCACCAGAAAGUGAAGGUGAGUAUGAGCUAGAUGCCACAGACACCGAAGAACACUGCACAUCUUACACGCAAGCGCCACCACUUCCUUCCCAUUACGAAUCAAUGACCAGUACAGCUUUCUCAUGGCCUACACAACCAGCACACAGAGACACCGUGGUCGUCAACAACGUCUCCUCAUCAUUGGCCACACAAUGCCGAAGCAUGCUCCGACCCAGUGCCAUCAGCUCUAACUCGGUGCCACUGUCGCCGGUCAAACAUUUCCCACCCUACGAUCGCUCAGCCUAUAUUCCCACAUUCAGCUUCAACACCUACAACGACUAUGUCAGCCACACAAACACAUUCGCUACACCGAGGCCGGUUCAACCCUUCUCUGACCACACAGCUUCACAAGCCUUUCAUUCAGUGAACUUUAACCCUGGUGUCAACCCCGCCUCGUCAGCACCGCCAGGCUACUGGACUGAGGUUAGACCACAUCAGGCUGGUCUCAGUGAUGCCUACACACAGCUGGCCUACCCCAGCUACCAACACACGUACGACAGCUAUAAGAAGAACCCAUUCCUCCGGAGCACCAUGUACCAGGAUAGUUUCGGCAGGUCCAGUUCAACAUUUGACGGACUGUCCCGGGCCAAUGCAGCACUAGAUGGGCUGGCUAGGAGCAACUCUACACUGGACAGUUUUGCUAGGCCAAGUCCGUCGUUCGAUGCCGGCAGAUCUGCCAUGUACUACACGCCAGACUCCAUUCAAGUGGGUCCUUAUGGCAACAGCUUCAUGGAAAUCACGCCACCCAGUGGGCAGUAUCCCCGCCAAGAUGGCUUACUCUACCAGGAAGACAUGUUGGCUUCAAACAUGGCAGCGGCCACAGGCUUGCCUGGAUUCAGCAAAUCUUACCUGCCUGCAGGUUUUAGAUGA